UGCAACCCCACCCCAUCUUUAUAUACGAUAUAAAGCGCUUCGCGCAAAGUUCUAAAUAUAGCCAUGGGGCGGUCGCUAAUCGAUAAGCUUAUCCCGGCGAGUCUGGGGUAGCAUUGCCCAGUAUCACCGACUUACGACUUACUGUUCAUGUAAGAUCUCAUCUGCUUGAUUGUGAUGACUGUUCACCUUCCUUUCAUAUUCUGCGACAGCUGCCAGUAAAGCAACGAGCUUCUCGAGUUGACCGCAAACCCUCGUUUCUUCGUGGAAUUGCCAUCUUCAUCCCCUCACCUGUCGAAAGCCGAUGACUCGCGUGAGAAUACCCGCAGACCCAGCAUGAAAGCCAUAUACGCGGUUCCCGCAUGCCUUGCGCUGGUCUAUCGGGCUUAUUCUCACAAUUCGCUGACACCUUUUGGCAUUUUCGUUGCCGGCCUGACAGCUGCCGUCCAUGCCUACCACCCAUGGAACUUACCGUUCGUGCUGCUGAUCAUCUUCUUCCUCGCCGGCACACGCGCGACCGCUGUUAAGAAGGAGGUGAAGGCCAGCUUGACUCUGAACGCCCAAGGCAGCGAGGGCGGCGAGGGCCCACGAACCCAUGUCCAAGUCCUUGCUAACUCCCUCAUGGCCUCCAUCCUGACCCUUCUACACACCUACCAACUACACCAGAGGCGCGAAGCUGUCUGGGAUGGUCAGACCCCAAGUGGCACCUACUGCUACAGUUGGAAAGGUGACCUCCUAGUCGUUGGUAUCAUCGCCAACUAUGCCGCCGUGUGCGCUGACACGUUCUCCUCUGAACUCGGGAUUCUAUCUCGCACCGAGCCAAGACUUAUAACGUCGCUCAAUCUGCGUAAAGUCCCGCGAGGUACAAAUGGCGGUGUCACUGUCUGGGGUCUAGUUGCAGGGUUCUUGGGCUCGACGAUCAUCGUAGUGACGUCCUUGAUGUUCCUGCCCCUGUGCAGCGAUCACACAAGUCGCGAUGUCGCCGGUGGUCGGGCGUGGUCAAAGACUGAAAUAGUUUAUUUUGCAUUGGGAAUGACCAUCUGGGGCACACUUGGAAGUCUGUUGGACAGUUUCCUCGGAGGAUGGCUGCAGCGAAGUGUUCGAGAUGUAAGGACCGGCAAGAUCGUCGAAGGUGAAGGGGGUGCACGCGUUCGUGCGUCUGCCGAUACAAAGAAAGCCACUCAGCUUGUCGGCGGACAGGGCUCGAGUGCUGUUGGAAGUACAUCGGCAGUUGAUGACAGCACAUCCGCCAAGGACCCCUACAACCCGAAAGAUAAGCAUCGCAAGGCUAGCUUCGGUGACAACAAGCCUACUCGUGUUGCAGAGACUGGUUGGGAUUUGCUCGAUAAUAACGACGUCAAUUUUCUCAUGGCAUUCACCAUGAGUGUUGGCGGGAUGUUAGCCGCGUCUUGGUAUUGGGACGUCCCCAUCGCCAGUAUCUUACAGAACUAGCAACAUGUUUUGAAGCAGCCGUGCAUCAAGCUAUAUAUAGCUUCAUUUACACACAUAGCUUUUGAAGGCGUCUUGAUAGCAGUGCUUAUUUUGGUCAAGAAAAAGAAAGGCGAUCUUCAUGUACCUGACUUACGUACAUUAGAAGGACUAUACAAAAACAGCAUACCCU